CCUGGUAUCAGUUGCGUGAGCAUCACUGUGGGGGAGUGGUAGCAGUGAGCGACCCUGCCCAUUCAUCACUACGAAUGACGGGAUAUAACCGUGCUCCUUCAUCUUUGCGUCUGCAUAACUAAUUUUUCUAGAAUGACCAUGAAAGUCAAAAGGCAGGAUCUUAAAGCGCAGAAAAUUAUCAAUAAUACCAUUUAACAGCAGACUUUGGAGGUUGCCUCUGUAGCCUGGUCACAUCCUGCCCUGCACAUCCGCAAAGUUCUCGUGGUGCAACAAAAAUCCCUUGUGAACCCUCUGCAAUACUCCGACGAUCACGAAAUAACCAGACUCAGUUGCUUGUCCUCAAUUGCUGACAUUUUUGAGGCCCUUGAUUUCAAGUCGAACUCUUGCACCCUCGAAACCGUGCAACACAGGCUACGAAGCCCCCGUAUUGAGUAUAGACUGAGACAUGCCCGGAGAUAGCAAAUUGCGCCCCUACUAUGACCACGACACCUUCAACGCUGGAUAUCUGGUCAUAUACAAGCCCGGAGUGGGCCUAAUAGACACCACGACCCAAAAAGAAAUAACGUCGUCGUUUACGUACGGAUCGACAGGAACCCGGCCAAACUUAUUGCUGGGGAACUUGGGCAUUGGUGGCUAUGGUGGAGCCCGCACAUCCAUCGGCCUGAGGCCGGAUCGUGUCGUCCCCUCCUCAGACAUAAAUUACAUCAAUGACUUGGAGCUUUCCGAGUACUUGGAUCUCAACAACUUGCUGGAGUUGCUCAGAAACUUGGUGUGGAGCUUCUUCAAGAACUACUGCCGUGUGCUCCUCUCUCAGCCACUUGACAUUGUGCGCUUGACAUUGCAAGUUGGCUACUUCAAGUUUUCCCAAGACCUGGAGACUCAAAGCUCGCCACAGGGCGGCAAGGGCCCCCGCAAUGCCCCAAGCGAGAACAAAUACGACAGUGUAAUCGAUGACAGCUUGUACGACGACGAAGAGAUCGACUUCUUCCCGCCUUCUCUGCCUCAACAGAAUAACGACGUGGCUCUGAAAAACCGACGCCGCAGGCCCACCUCAGAAAGAUGCAGACACGAAAAGAACCCGUACAAAAUCCACCCAAUCUCGCAGCAUACAGUUGAUAUCCUAUCUGCGAUUGCAGCAAAGGACGGUCCCUUUGCUCUCUUCCGUGGAGUGAAUGCUCUGUUCAUACACUACACGUUGUCCCACACCAUCGAGGCGUGGAUCACCGGUUUUCUCUCGCCAUUCUUGAACAUACCCGACCCGUUCUUUUUGGAUUUGACUCAUUCAACUGAACCUGCGAGAUCGCUUUGGCUUUCUGUCCUGGCCUGUGUGUUAACUGGUAUCAUUUUGAUGCCCUUAGACUUGAUUAAGGUUCGUUUCAUGAUCACAUCCUUUGAUACUGUCAUCGCCGUGUCUACCGAUAACGCAGAAGAUUCGGAUUCGCAAGGAGAAGCUGGGGAAGAGUGUACAUCCUCGAGUCCUGAACCAAGCGCUCUGGACACCGAGGAAAAAACUAAGCUGAUAAAUCUCAGAUCAGUCAGGGAUUCUCUUCGACACUAUCCAGCACAUCUUCUUAUGCGCCCUCCACUACCCAUCACGAUCUUGACAGUUUUGUACCAGAUAUCCACAAUAGUCUUCCGGAAGUCUGCUCCAUAUUUCUUGUUUGUGCGGUACAACAUUGACUCUUACCUGUCCCCCAACUUGUUCACUUUAGCCAAUUUGGUUCUUCUGAUCACCGAGUUCUUUAUCAAAUUGCCAGUCGAAAACCUUCUCCGCAAGGAGCAAGUGAAGUUCUUGUUAAGACCCAAGACGCGCCAGGAGGACGAGUACCGGGUUGUAACUAUUGACGACCCAGAGAAGAAUCUAAUCGUGGACUUCAAUGGCUGGGACCUGAAGCAUCCGCAUCUCGAUAAAGACGAAAAGGUUGGCGUGUGGGGCCGUGUCAAGUCUCUUGGGUUGUUUAAAGGGUGGAGAGUCGGUGUGUUGAAUGUUAUUGGUUUCUGGGGCUACAACAUUGUUAAGAGUACGUCUGUUAUGGCGGAAGAGAGGCUUUGAGCAAAUUUCACUGAAAGAAGACUGAAUACGCAAGCCACUGGCGGGUUAUUUGUCUCCUCAAUCUUUAACAAUGUAUCUUUUCCAUACCUCGCCGACUUGGAUUGUUUGCUACUGACGGUCAGUAUGGAGGGAGCUGCGUUCACCGCAGAGCGUGAAAGCCUUAACCAUCUGAUAUUUGUAACCUGGGUCUCGAAGAAUGCCUUGUUGUUAAGUCACUGGACUUUGUUGAUUCCAGUGGAUUUAAUAUAAUGAUCUUGCUAAACAAUAAAAGGUCGGGAAGGAAUGGCUAAUGGCAAGGCCAGCCUUCCUCGAUGCGCUAGCUUUCUAUAGUUCACGACAAUGUAUGACAAAAAAUACUAUGCACAUUGUCUAAACAAGAUUUCUACUAAACCAAAUCUACAAUCAGCAGAUGCCAGA